GGAGCGGACCGGCACCGCUGUCAUUGGAUGGAGAGAGGCGCCUGAAGACGGGAGAGCGGUGGAGUUACUCUACCCCCCUCCUCCUCCUUCUACUUCCCUACUGCACCAAAAGAAAAGUCCGGGCUGGCUGCUGCACCAUGUCCUCGGCUCAGAGUGGGGAUAUACCAGGCUACCAUCUGAGCGUGGUGCGUAACCCGCCCGGCUGGGAGGUGGGGAUCUACCUGGUGGGCUUCUUCGUGCUGCUGGGUGUAGCCGGGCUCAACAUCUGGAAGUUGUGGAAAUCUGGAACCUUCCCAGCACCGUCUCCCUUCCCCAACUUUGACUAUCGAUACCUUCAAGAGAAAUAUGGGAACUCAUUCUCAGAAGUCAGACAAAAGCGAGUGGCUGCCAACAACCACCGGCGCGCCUCCACCACCUCCAGCCGCAAACCCAGCCUGGCGCUGGGUGACACCCCGGAUGGUUUCAGGGACCUGGGCCACCUGGAGCUGAUGAGCAGGGAGCUGGACCCUACUGGCAUGGCCCAGCUCAACCGAUCCAUCUCCACCGACUCGCUCAGCUCCAUCUCCUCCAUAGCCAACAACUUCGGUCACGACUUCACGGUGGGCCAGCUGGAGGUGACACUGGAGUUUGAGCCGUCCAGGCAGCCGGGACAAGGGACGGGACUGCUCCACAUCAUGCUGCACCAGGGCAAGGACCUGCUGGAGAGGGAGGAAGGGGACUUCCCCGGCUGCUUCAUUCGAGUCUCCCUGGGGCCGGAGGAGCUCAAUGUGGGAGUCACAAAGGUCCAAACCAACGCAUUCACAGUGAUUUUUGAUGAGCGCUACGCCAUCCCCAUGGACCUGGCCUCGUUGGAGGAGUACAGCCUGCGUUUCGCUGCGUUCGGUAUUGAUGCUGACGAGAGAAACAUCAGUGCUGGAGUCGCAGAGCUUAAGCUGUCAGACCUAGACCUGACCAUCAGGCCGUUCAACGCCUGGCUCUACCUUCAGGAUGUCAAUAAGGCUGUGGAUGCAGUCGGAGAAAUCCUGCUGUCUCUAAGUUAUUUGCCGACUGCAGAGCGCCUCACAGUGGUCGUUGCAAAGUGUAAGAACCUGGUGUGGACUAAUGGCAAGAACACUGCAGAUCCAUUUGUCAAAGUGUAUCUCCUGCAAGAUGGGAGGAAGAUCAGCAAGAAGAAGACCUCCACCAAAAGAGAUGACACCAACCCCAUCUUCAAUGAGGCCAUGAUCUUCUCUGUGCCGUCUAUUGUCCUGCAGGAGCUCUCCCUGAGGGUGACGGUGGCUGAGGCAACAGACGACGGCCGGGGCGAGAACCUGGGUCACGUCAUCAUCGGCCCCGAGGCUAGCGGGAUGGGGAUCACCCACUGGAACCAGAUGCUGGCCACUCUGAGGAAACCUGUGUCCAUGUGGCACCCUCUGCGUCGGAUCUAGUCCAGUCUAACCUCGUGCACACAUGACCUGAUUCAAGUAAAACACUCGCUUCUUCACUUUACACUCACCCCUCCUCCUUCUGUGGCAGGAUGCUCUGAUCUUAUCAAGAGGUUCAGGCUCACAAGACGGUACUUUUUGUGAUGUGUCGCAUGAUGCAAAAUCUCAAAUCUUAGCAUGUAUAUUGGUCUUAUUUUGGGUGAAAGCAAUGUCAUUAUGCCUACUGUAAGCCUCACACAAGAUAUUAAAAGCAAAGAUGAGGGCUUGACUUCUUAAUCUGAGGUACAUCCUUUUCAGGACAACCAAAAAUGCUGCUGCAUUGAAAGAUAUUCUCAGAUUUACAAGUAUCUAAGAGCUUUAUCUGGACUUUUUGACGAGUGGGGCUUAUAUUAAGUGUGACGAUACAUGUUCACAAGAAAUAUGACAAAAACGCUCACUAGGAUUUGAGUUUUUGUAGGUGAUGGUGAGUUACAAAAUAAUGUAAACACCUUAUCCUUGUGUAAAGGGAAGAGACCUUAAACAUUCCCCAGAAGGAUGUGUUCAGUGAUCUCUGGAUCAGUCAUUUGUUUGAAUUUAAUCUUACAUACUUUGUUUCCCCCUGGCUUGGAUGCAUUAUGGGUAAUGCUGGCAUUUAGGAAGGAGCAGAGCAUAUCCCAAACAGCAAACAUGAUACAUUGAAAUAUGGGUUUUAAUUUCCCUAAGAUUGCCCUCUUAGCUUGAGAACCAAUCUGAAAUAACACAUGAAUAAAUAGUGUGUACAGAUAAGGACGACAUUAUUUGCCCCUAAUUUUUUAAAGUAUUUCCCAAGUGCUGUUAAACAGAGCAAGGGAUUUUUCACACAAACAUUAACUUACUUUGCUCACAAAAACCAAUGGCCAAAAUUAUUAGCCCCCCUUAUUUUGAUAGUUGCCAAUCUCUCAAGAUCCUUUAGAUUUGAUGGUCUUCUGGCACGGACUUUGGACUUCAUUUAACCCCAAAAGUUUUUAAUGGGAUUUAAGUCAAGGCUUUGUGCUGGCUAGUCAAUAACAUUCACUUUGGUCUUCUGGAGGAAGUUCUUCACUUAGGAAAUACUUUAAAAAAUUAAUUUUUACAGGGAAGCUUAUAAUGUCAUCCUCUGAAUAUUUCCAAUUAAAUUCCUGAUCACACAUUUCUUUUUGGACUUAGAGGCAAAUUUUGUCUCCCAAAAAGGAGCCCAGCCUCUGCAGGUGUGACCCCCCCCUCCCUCUCUGCAUGGUGCCUACUCUGGUUGUAGCCUGUCAUAGCUCUCUAAAGAAAGACUGACUGGACGGAGGGGUGAGCUCACUUCCUCUCUUUCAGGAAAACACUUCUCUCUCUUUUCAGUUGCGCCUACCUGAUUGAUUUCGUAGCUGUUUUUAGAGCCGAGUUGCGUUAACCUCUACUGGAUUUGCUUGUGUCAUUUGUUCACAGUGAGACUGAUGAAUAAUAAAGGUUUCGAUGUGUUCUGUAUUUAUUGUGCUUUUGAAAAAAAUAAUCCAGGUACUCUUAUCCAGGUGAAAUAAUUGUAAUUUGUAGCAGCUGUUACAGGGUGGCCAAAUCAGAUGUAACUAUCAUGUAGACAUUGUUGUUCUAUUUUUAUCAUUAUCAAUGCAAUACGAGUUGCAUAAGCAUAUUUAACAGUGUAAAUAAUGUACUUAACUUCUUCUCCUUGCAAAUCAAGGUGUUCAAAUAACACUUAAACAUCAAACUCUGACUUCAUUCAUACACUAUAUUACCACAAAUAUUGUUGCUGAUCGAUGGAUUAUUAUCAAACACCUCUGGGAAUUUAACAUGUGAUAAAAGAAUACAAGCCCUUUUAAAUGGGGUAACAGUUUAUUUUAUGUUAAAGGAAAUACCUUGAUAUUCUGAAUUUACACCAGGAACUUGCCACCAGCUUUCAAAGAACCUGCAAACUUUAUCAUACUGUAAUGUUUAGCUGUUUAGAGAUAACGGUGCAGGAGCCUCGUAAAAGUCAGAAUGUCAAGGUGGCUUUUUAUCAGUCUGAGAUAUUCUCUACCACAUUGUGCAACUGUGCUGUUUUGUUGUAACUUUUGAAUGUGAAUUAUCAUGUGAAAUACUCGCUCUAACUCUAAAAGCGUCAUCAGCCUUAUGCAUUGUUGUGUUUUUUUUUUUAAGCAGGGCUUAAACUCUACAUUUUAAGGUCGAGUUCUGACUGCAUUCCUCACCUCACUUUGAAGAAUCGAUCCAAAUUAACACACCUGCUCUCAUAUUAUAGACAAUAUUUCCUACUGUGCCAAAUAACAAAGCAAUAUUUUCAUUUACAGUCAGCAUCUGCAUUCAGUUCAUCCGAGCUGUAGCCUACA